AUGGCUGAUUGUUCGUCUCAAAUUACAUCCCAGGUCGCUUUCUACACGCAAGCUCCAUUCUCCAGCGGCUCAGAUGGCUCAAUGUGGGACGCCCCUACGACCGACAAGUCUGCUAAACGACUACCACCCGAUACGCCACCACUUGCCGAGGACAUAGUCAACAACCACGACGAGUUGCUGCCAACGCCAAUGGGGCCUGCCCUCCCAUCACAUAGUGACGAUAACAGUGAGCACGGAGAUCCAGUCGAAGACCAUGGCCCACCAAGUUCCGACCAGUCGAUUGAAUGCCAACCUAUCUUUCAGGCUCAAGAGCAAGACCCUGCAGCAGCAACAAAUUCGACUUCGUCUGCCCAGCAUCACCUUCAGGGACCAUUUACUCUAUUAGACUGGAUCAGAAAAAUAAGAAGUGAACCACCAAAAAGGUACCCGUCUGUGCCAUUGCGUUGGGCAAAAUCCAUACCUAAAAGACAGAGAGAAAUCCUUGACAGAGAUGAGACCUGGGUGCCACCUCUUGCUGGAUUAUCCGCAAGACCUGGGACCCUCCCUGCAGACAUACUAGAUAAUUUGGUUAAGGAGGCUGACCAAGCUGUGCCAGUAGUCGCUUCUGUUGACGUUCAGCCCACACAAGUCCAGACACUGAGAGACGUCCCUGACUCGACCCAGGCUUCCUCUGACUCAACCGGGAGUCCUGCCAGCGUUGAAUCUGACGAAGAGACGGUCAACCCAACGCAGUGGAGUCUCAGUCCGCCUGAACGACACCACCGACGACAAUCUCCUCCCCUGAAUCAACACAAUGGUCGUGCCCAUUGCGAACCUACUAGUGCUGGGGACACAUUAACCAAAUCGCAACAGUUUUCCAUGCACACCGAGCCACCGGCAGUGUCGACCCGUCUCGAGACCACGAAAGCUGCCUCCGCGGACGAUCCUUCCCUUUCUCAGGACCAGUCUUUCGCCUCUUACGCUAGUAGUUCUAGCAAGUCUGUCGCACAAGCUUUUUCACGGCCGACUUCUUUUAAGCGGAAGUCCUAUGUUCAAGUCAAGCAUACGCCCUACCACCCGAAAGCUGCAACAACAUCGGGAGAACAUAUUAGCACCCCGAAGGAGUAUCCCCAUUCAACCUUCGUGGGUGCGACCUAUCCUGACGCAAGUCUGCCGACGACCACUGAAGAACAGCACACUAAUCAACGACCGACGCACAAGCAACACUAUCUCCGACCUACCGUCGAAUCUUGCACUUCCUACUCAUCUCAGCCUUUAGCAGUUCACACUCCAAGACAAGAUCGUGAAGUCUGUCACACCGCACAACCUGCAGCACAAACUGUGCAUUGGCAAUUGUCUGCAGACGUGAACAGGUCGAAGGACGUGCAAUCGAUUUCUGUCACAAGCACUCCAGCUAGUAGCAUCGAGCGUGACGCAUCAGGACAGCCCGUGGCAAAGCGGCCCAAAAUAGCAUACGUUGAUCCUGCAUACGCAGGACUAGAUCAGGAGCGGAUUUUGUUUAGACGGAUGCACCGACAAAGCACGUCCUCCAGGCGGCCAACCACACACCAGGAAACUCAUCAAAAAGCAGGAAACACUAUCAAAAUGGCUUCCAGAUCGAGCACUGCACCUCCGUUGCUCGCCAAGCACGGUCGUGCAGGAGGCAUGGAGGCAUAUAACAACCCAAACACGGGCACACAGCAUCACGAGUCAACGGCUGAGGAACACCCAGUAAGCAGUCGUCAAUCACGUCCCUCACUACCCAGCCUAAACAAUCAGGAUAGCGGCUCCGUUUUCACGAGGUACAAGCACGUCUACAAAACAUACCCUGGUGAUGAGAAAUGUUUCAUGCAGACCCUGCGGACUCUGCUGAAACUCCGAUCAGCCCAACGAGAGCCACAUCCCUACCUCUGGGACGACUUUGUCUAUAGAUACGCGGGCGAGUACAAAGCCUACGUACAAAGACGUUUAGAUGACAAUGAAAACGUCGUUGCCUAUCAAGACUACUACCACACGGACGUGAGAGGGCCCGAACGUAGUAAGGGAAUCGUGACUGAGAAUGUUCUGGAUUUACUGGAAAGUGGUCACUUCACAGCAAAACCCGGUUGUCGCAGCACUUCAAGUCGACCUUCCUACAGUAUUAGCAGCAAGAAUGACGAGAACAAUGUUGCGGUACGUUUUUCUACUGACUCACCGUUGGAAGUUCAUCGGGCUGAUUCUGACAUCGAUCAACCAGAGCCAGGACCCACAGAGGAAAGAUCACUUGAAGCCGAUAAAGCACCAGCCAACUCACCGCUGACAUCAGCUGGCCCAGGGGGUCGUGAGCAGCAGCAUAGCUCCGCGCAUGCCACAGUAAUCGUCGACGCCAAUCACGAGAAGAAGCGACGUAUUCUUCCUUGGAAAAGUACAUCGGAAAAACAGCCUACAUCUUCUCCAAUGCGACCUGCCGUCGACCCCGAAGCACCAUCGCGUAUCGAGCUGACUUCCUCGUCCAAGGUUCAAAAAUGGCUGCUGUCCAGCCGUGAAGAUGGCGCGGCAUCACCUGGGUUGCAACCUGUCCAGCUCUCACAGGAUCGAAUGGAGACAAUGACUGACACAGAGAACGAUGUACGUAGAUCUGAUGGCCACGCACGUGUCCAAGUCCGACCAUGCAUAGCAGCAAAUACAGUCACAGCUCCAGAACAUCCACCGACUCUUGUGUCCUCGGCGGCGACGCAGUCAUCAGUAUUUGAGAAGUUCACAGAUGCAUACGCGAGACUGCCCGAAGAAAGAAAUCGGAGAUUGAAAGCUGCGAAGCAAAGUAGAAUACCUAUAGACGUGCACCAAUGGUAG